CGCUGCGGUUCCAUGGUGGCUCUCGUUCUCUCUCUCGGCCGCACGACACUGAGAGCGAGCGUCGUCAAUUGCGGUCGUCGGCUACGCACAUCGUUGACCCCUGCCGGGUUAGCCUCUUUGACGCAUUGGACUGCAAGGUCGACUUCUCUCUCCCACCUUUCUGCGGCCUGGCCUGGCCUUGGCUGCAGCAGCACUCCCGAGGCUCGUCUCGUCUGACACCUCUGCCGCAGCUCUGAGACCUUUUCGUUUGCUUCGACUGCUCGUGAUAUAUAUAUGCUCCCAGACUCGUCGCUUCUCUCAUUUCUGCGAGCUGAACAGACAAACCGUAGAACAGCCAAGAGAGCAAGAGAGCAAUAGAGAGAGAGAGAGAGAGAGCGUCGAGCUGCAAGCGGAUACGAAAUCCGUUAGCUCCGUGCAAAGUGUCCUAUUCUACUUUGAGCACUCAGUCCCCGAGGGGAAGACCAGACCCUCCAGCGCCAUCUUUGAUCGCGCAGCGCAAUUGUUCACUUAUUUGCCUGAGGAGCAUCUCUGCUCCACUCACUCACACAUGCUUUCGCAACCCGUCCACAGUUUAGCGUCUCGCCUUCCGGUGUCGGCCAGGAGCUCGGGUUUGCACCGCUCGUCACUGACAGCCGGGGAACUGGGAAUUGCUGUAGACUCCCGCUGACGGAGGAGCGAUCCCCGCUGAGUGGGCUGAGGGGGUGGUGGCCGCGCUCGCGUUGUUGAUAGAACGAGCACUGUGAGGGUAAGAGCGACGCGAGGGAGGGAGGGAGGGAGGGCUCACGGGACGCAAGGCAAGGCAAGGCAAGGCAAGGCAGGGGAGCAUAAGGAGCUGGUUCUUCUCGUCUGGCUUACGUUCUGCUCAUGCGCGGGGCCAGCAGCCUGUGUAGCGUAACAACACCUGCGUCGAACAUUUCUGAGCUCAUGGAGUUGUGUGCGUCCGAGGCGUUUCGGCUCGUCCAUUGCAUGGGGAAUGUGUCGCCCACUUCCACAGAUUUCCCGUUCGACACAGUAGAGAACUGUCCUACUGAGAAUUUACAGGGCAAGUCCGUGGCCUCGGAUCUGGACGGGACAUUACUUCUGUCCCGCAGCUCGUUCCCUUACUUCAUGCUCAUUGCCUUCGAGGCCGGAAGCCCCCUGAGGGCCAUUUUGCUGCUACUGCUAAGUCCUCUGGCCUGGGUCCUAUACAACUUAAUUUCCGAGGAGCUGGGCAUUAAAUUGCUGAUUUUCAUUUCAUGCGCCGGGCUCAAAAUGUCCGUGAUCGAAUCAGUCUCACGUGGAGUCCUGCCCAAGUUCUACCUGGAGGACAUGCACCCUCAGUCGUACAAGAUUUUCACAUCGUGCGAGAGGCGAAUCGUUGUCACGGCCAAUCCGCGCGUUAUAGUGGAGCCAUUUCUUAGAGAUUAUCUGGGCGUGGAGGCAGUGCUGGGAACCGAGCUGCAGGUGAGCAGCGGCGGAUACGCAACAGGACUCGUGAGCUAUCCAGGGGUUCUCGUCGGGGACAGCAAGGAGCGCGCCGUCAAGAAGUACUUCGGCGACGAUCUGCCCGAUGUGGGCCUGGGCGAUCGAGAGACCGACUUCCCCUUCAUGGCUCUGUGCAAGGAAGCUUACCUGGUGCCGAAGAACGUGAAGCUCGCUCCGGUUCCGAAGGAUCAGUACCUGAAGCCUCUGAUCUUCCACGACGGGCGUCUGGUGUGCAGACCCACCCCUGUCACGUCGCUCGUGGUCCUGCUCUGGGCGCCCAUCGGCUUUCUGCUGGCGAUCACUCGCAUGUCUAUCGGUAUCUUUCUGCCCAUGUGGUGGGCGCUCCCCGUCGAGGCCUUCUUGGGCGUGAGUGUGCUGAUCAAGGGGAUCCCUCCCACUUCCCCGGCUGGCGGCGAGAGGAAGGGAGUGCUCUUUGUGUGCUCGCACAGAACUCUGCUGGAUCCUAUCUUCCUCUCCAUCGCCGUCCGCCGCGAGGUCACGGCCGUCACCUACUCCAUUUCGCGGCUGUCUGAGGUCUUGUCUCCGAUCAAGACCGUGAGGCUCACGAGGUGUCGGGCUCAGGAUGCCAGCACUAUGGCCAGGCUGCUGGACGAGGGCGACUUGGUUGUCUGCCCUGAGGGCACUACUUGCCGGGAGCCUUUCCUGCUUCGAUUCAGUGCUCUGUUUGCAGAACUCGCCGACCAGAUUGUGCCCGUGACGAUGAACUGCAAAAUUCAGAUGUUCCAUGGGACCUCGGCUCGCGGGUGGAAGGGCCUGGACCCGUUCUUCUUCUUCAUGAACCCCAAGCCCAGCUACGAGGUGACCUUCCUCCCGCAGCUGCCCAUCGAGCUUACAUGUACAGGAGGCAAAUCGAGCCACGAUGUGGCGAAUUACAUUCAAAGGUUGCUGGCCAACUCAUUGGGAUUUCAAUGUACAAAUUUCACUCGCAAGGACAAGUACAGAGUGCUGGCGGGCAAUGAUGGGAUCGUUCCGGACAAGAGCACGAAGCAGGCGAAGAUCAUCACCACCUGAGUGGCGACCCUUGUUCUGUGUGCAGUUCUUUCAAAUACGAGGCGGGAGUUUGUUCUAUAAGAGAGUGUUGCUGCCGGAGUGUUGGGGGUGCUCGUCGAGAAUUUUUAUUUCACAGAUUUCUCACUUCCGAAAGGGUUUCAUUCAUGGAAAGGCCCACGAAGUGAAUAAGUGCUCUUUUGACUAAUUGGUUUACAAAUAAAUAUAGGGAACACCACAUGCCCAGUGCUCCACCCGAGAGCGCACUAAAGAUUGUCCUUUGGUACGAAGUUUCUGGUACAGCAAGUAAGGCCAUUUAAAGCUUAGUGUAUUAUUUCCCAUCUUAUGUGGUUAGCAUGCACAGUUCCUCGAAACGACUGCCAGAACUCUUUCAAUGACAGACAUUAGAAGAGCCAGAAAACAUGUGCUCAUAUAUUUCGUCAUCGUUCGUGUAGGAGCCCAUUCCAAGCAGAUAGACCCACAAAGAGUUCAGGAUGUGUUUGCUUGGCUGGUGGCCCCUUUAGGGAUUCCUUUCUGGCACCGAAAUUUGGAUUGCCUUGUAAGAUAAUUUAAGAAAUCUGUUCCAAGCGAGAUUCAAAAUCCUUG